AGUUUCUUAUAAAGUCUUACCACAGAGACGUCAGGGUCAUUUUCAACAAGCUGCGCUUCCUUUACUGAUUGUUUAGUUGGAGUAAGAUGGACUGGGUUUAUUUGCUGACUCUGGCUGCUCUUCUUUACCAGGACUCUCAUGGGCAGUUAGAUGUGUGUGGCACCACUGGGAUUAACAGCAGGAUAGUAGGAGGUCAUGAUGCCGCAGCAGAGAGCUGGCCCUGGCAGGCGAGUCUGCAUCUGUUCGGAGGGCACUUGUGCGGAGGUUCCCUCAUCAAUAAAGAAUGGGUGCUGUCUGCAGCACACUGCUUCUACUCAGGAUCCAAUGCAGCAAGCUGGACUGUGUUUCUGGGACGUCAAAGUCAAGAAGGCGUGAACCCAAAUGAGGUCUCCAGACGAGUCUCUGUGAUAAUCCUGCACCCUGACUACGACUCCUACACGGAAGAUAACGAUAUCGCUCUACUCAAACUGAGCAGCCCGGUCAACUUCACCAGAUACAUCCGACCAGUGUGCCUGGCAUCAGAUAGCAGUGUUUUUCACAGCGGGACAGAGAGCUGGGUCACUGGAUGGGGAGACGUGGCAUUUGGUGUGCCUCUUCCGUCUCCACAGACUUUACAGGAGGUGGAGGUUCCAGUUGUGGGAAACAGGCAGUGUAACUGUUUUUACGGUGUUGGAACAAUCACAAACAACAUGAUAUGCGCUGGUUUACUGGAAGGAGGAAGAGACUCAUGUCAGGGAGACUCGGGAGGUCCGAUGGUGAGCAGGCAGGGCUCGGUGUGGGUUCAGGCCGGUGUGGUGAGUUUCGGCUAUGAUUGUGCUCAGCCUGAGUUUCCUGGAGUUUACACCAGAGUGUCCCGCUACCAAACCUGGAUCAGCUCUCUGAUCACCAGCGACCCUCCAGGAUUCAUCCAGUUCCAGUCCAGUGGAGUCGACCCUGACAGAUCAUACACCUGCCCUGGCCUGCCGCCACCAGUGACUGACACCCCGGAAAUCUCCACAGUGGCUCCAGCCACGGAGAACCAGUCAUCUACUGUUUGUGGUAGUGUCCCGCUCCUGUCCAGGAUAGUAGGAGGUCAGGACGCCCCCGCUGGACGCUGGCCAUGGCAGGCGAGCCUACACUGGAACAGAUUUCAUGCUUGUGGGGGUUCUCUUAUUAACAGGGAAUGGGUUCUGUCUGCAGCUCACUGUUUCUUCAGCUCCAGUACAUCUGAGUGGACUGUGUAUCUCGGUCGGCAGAGUCAGGAGGACGACAACCCCAACGAAUUGUUCAGAAGUGUGGAUGUGAUCAUCACACAUCCUGAUUACGACUUUAACGCUGCCGAGAAUGAUAACGAUAUGGCUCUGCUGAAGCUGAGUGCUCCGGUUAUCUUCACUGACUACAUCCGGCCGGUGUGUCUGGCAGCAGACAGCAGUGUUUUCCACACGGGAACAGACAGCUGGGUCACCGGCUGGGGGGACGUUCGGGAAGACGUGCCGCUUCCCUCUCCUCAGACUCUACAGGAAGUGGAAGUGCCUGUAGUGGGAAACAGACAGUGCCGCUGCCUCUACAGGAACACUGCAGCCGUCACUGAUAACAUGAUCUGCGCCGGCCUGCUGGAGGGAGGCAGAGACUCCUGUCAGCGAGACUCGGGAGGUCCGAUGGUGAGCAGGCAGGGCUCGGUGUGGGUUCAGGCCGGUGUGGUGAGUUUCGGCUAUGGUUGUGCUCAGCCUGGGUUUCCUGGAGUUUACACCAGAGUGUCCCGCUACCAAACCUGGAUCAGCUCUCUGAUCACCAGCGACCCUCCAGGAUUCAUCCAGUUCCAGUCCAGUGGAGUCGACCCUGACAGAUCAUACACCUGCAGCACCAGCGCCCCACCGAGGUCCAGCUCCGUCUCCCAGCAGCACGGGUGUGGAGAGGCCCCUGGAGGAGGAGGGGUGUGGCCCUGGAUGGUCAGCCUGCAGUGGAACGGGUUACACAUGUGCACCGCCUCGCUGCUGAGCGCCGAUUUCAUCAUGACCACCGCAUCCUGCCUUUCAGAUUUUUCCCAGAAUGCCAGUGGCUGGAGAGUGUCUUUAGGCUAUCAGUCUAACAGAAACAGCUCAGAUCCUUUCCUGCUCUCUGUGGCUGUGAUAAAUAUCACCCUCAGUAACCUGAACCACGGGCUGAACAUCUCCGUGCUGCAGCUGGAGGAGGCGGUGGAGUUCAGUGAUCUCGUCCAGCCUGUGUGUUUGGACCUGGAUAACCGGAGGAGCUUUCCCCCCGGGUUAACCUGCUUAUUCACCGGCUAUAAAAAUAACAAUUCUACAGGUUUAGUGCUGGAGGAGCAGCAGGUGACAGUAAUGGACUGUGGUAGAAACCUCUCCUCAUCUGAGUCCAUCUGCACUGGAUCUCUGUCUCCUAAACAGGAUGGUGUAGGAGGGGUGUUAGCGUGUGUAUCAGGUGUGUCCUGGUUUCAGGUGGGUGUGAUGAUGUUGGAUUAUGGAGAUUCAGGACUGCAGGUUUUCUCCAGGGUCUCUCAGUUUGGGAAUUUCCUCCAGAGAACUGUCCCUGAUCUUCCUCAGCCGCCCACCGUCGCCCCCUUACCCUCCAACCACGAGACCCCCCCAUCAGCGGGGGCUCCGCUAGCUCCCAUAUCCUGUUACAGAAAUGCUAUUGUCUUUACUGUCUUAGUAUUGUUAUUAUUAUCAUAAAAACUGUGACAUGGGCGAAACUGUGAACCCUGAUCUCACCAACCGAGUUUUUAUAUCAUCUGUAACAUUAUUAACUAUGAUACUGUUAUAUAAGUCUGUGUUCAGAUAAAGUAAAUCUGAUGAUCUGU